UCGCUCGCAGCGGGGCGCGGCGCUAAGAGGGGUGCCCCCUUCAUGGGCCUGUGGCGUGGUUUGCGCGUCGGUUCGCGCCCAGCCUCUGUCGCCAGUACACCACACACCAGCUAGCGCAGUUUGGGAGUCGCUCCUACAUCCAGCGCGCGUAUCAUCACCGCCCAGCGAGACAGCAAGACACGAAACACACUUGAAGACGUUUCUAACGCGCGUUGUGCCCGCUAAUUGCCCACGUGCGUCCAUACAACUUACCGAUCGGUGGACAGGGAUUAAUCAGUGUCCGUGUGCAGUGGUCGCGGACGAAUCCCAUAUCGAUUGCGGCUGCAUCGUGUGAGUCUCGAACGCUAAGCGCCAGCCAUGCAACGAGUCGUCGUACGCUGCAAGGAUGGCGACUGAACUGAUCGAAGUGAAGACCGAGCAGAUACCGGCUGACACUGAGCAGGACGUAAAACCGUCGCCAUUAGCGUUGCUCCAAGCUACCUGCUGCCGUAUUGGACCAACGUCCACUGAAAUGACGGCACCCAUCAUGUCGACACCUCCGACGCCUGUAAAAAAUGUUAGUCUUGGCGGGCAGCAGGUUGUUAGCGUCCUGCCGCAACACUUACAACAGCAGCUCCAGCAACAACUUCUGCAAGCGCCCGCAGGCGCGCAGAUUGUCACCGCCGGCGGUCAAAAUAUCGCUUAUAAUGUAAUGCAACCCAUGCAGACUGUAACCGUUGAUGGACAGGAAGCGCUUUUUAUCCCCAUUGGACAACAGCCGCAGCAAUACAUUUCACAUAAUGGACAAUUGAUACGUGCUCCUGGUGUUCUACCAACUAACAUACCUAAUAUCCAAACUGUUCAGCUUGCGAACGGGCAGAGUGUUGCCGUGCGGCCAUCUUUGCCUCAGGUGGUGCAGUUUCCGAUGCAGCAGACGAUUCCUGUUCAAGUGCCGAUCUCCUCCGGGAAUGGGCAGACGAUUUACCAAACGAUUCACUUUCCUGUACAGUUGGCGGCUACGGCCGCGAUGCCGAAUAUUAUUCAGGCGCAGCAACUUAUGCCACAGUUGGCGAACAUUUUAACCCCUAACGGUCAACUGCAACAAGUGCAGAUUGCGACUACAGCGCCACAGCAGCAGCCGCAAGCGCAGCAGGUACCAACCUCGCAAGCUGUUACUGUGCAAGCGGCGGCGGCGGAAAACGCGCAGCCGUUGACUUUCACAGGGGCGAAUGGUCAACAAUACACGGUUAUUCCAGCUUCGAAUUUGCAGCAAGUACGCGGCACGAAUCUUUCGAAUAUUAUACAAAUGCCGAAUGUGCAAGCCAUACCAACUAUUCAAAAUAUACCAGGAUUAGGAAAUGUACAAGUUAUAACACAACCUACUGCUGCAGCUCCACAAAUCUCCGUUGGUCCACACAUUCAACAAGAUCCUACUGAUCCUAGCAAAUGGCAGGUGUUGCAGAGUAUUGCUGCAGCGGCUACAGCGCAACCCGCUGCUGCUGCCACUACAUCAGUAGCAGCUUCAAAUGUUGUAACUUUUGCGUCUGCGCCAGAAGAAACCACCACAACACCCACAACGCAACACCAGCAGCAACAAUACAACGAAUCAGCAGUAGAUCCGUUACAAAAGCAGCGUGUAAGACGUGUUGCCUGCACAUGUCCCAAUUGUACAGAGGGUGAGCGACAUCACGACCGAAAAAAGCAACACAUUUGUCACAUACCUGGCUGUAACAAAGUCUAUGGCAAGACUUCGCAUCUGCGCGCGCAUUUACGAUGGCACACUGGCGAGAGACCUUUCGUGUGCUCCUGGUUAUUCUGCGGGAAGAGAUUUACACGUUCCGAUGAACUUCAGCGGCAUCGACGGACACACACUGGCGAAAAGCGCUUCCAAUGCUCCGAAUGCAGUAAAAAGUUUAUGCGAUCGGAUCAUCUCUCGAAACACAUCAAGACGCAUCUGAAACAACGAAUCACUCACUCCAGCACGAGUUCCAUUGAUCCGAAAGAAGAACCCGGAGAUGAUUCACAAUGGAGUCAAUCGGAAGAUAACAAACAGCAGGUGUGGAUUGCUGCUGACGCGACAUCUAACGUCAAAUAUUCCAUCACGCAAAUUAAUUAUCCAGAGGAAACUGCAACGUCAACGCAGUCCGUGACUUCUGACAGCUCCAGCAAUGAAGAAAAAAUGAUGAUUACGAUUAGCGCUUCAGAAAAUGACGAACUAAUCAUCGCUGACCCAUUGGUCGAUAGCUAGUUUUCGCGUGAAUAGAAAAUAACGCGUGCCGGAAUCAAAAGGCUGUGAGUAAUUCGUAGAAUAGGGCACAACGUUGAAAACAAAUGACUAAAUAUUUAAUUUGAAAUCGAAUUAUGCAAGAAUCAAAGUUUGAUUGUUAUGUUAGAAUGAAGAUGGCGUUAACGUAGGUCAGAAUAUUGUAGGCUCUUUUACUUUUGAUAAACUAAUAAAUAAUUUAAUAUCGCACCCCGAAUUGUAAAUACUGUACAAAGUUAGAUCACGCGUCUUAGUUUUUCUGGAUAGUAUAUCUAUUUUUUUAUAAACCUCCACUAAUGUUGAAGCGUUUUAUAAAAGUAUAAAAUUUUGUUUAUUAUCUCAAUAAAACAUUGCAUUCUC